GAGUUUGUUCCUUUGCAUAUAACAAAAAAAAAACAAAGAGAUAAGAAUAGACUAUUACUUAUUUAUUAAUUUAUAACGUUCGAAAGAAAAUCGGAAAGCAUCUCAUAGAUAAUUUGCUAGAACACUAGAAAAUAUUGCAAAAUAGAGUCAACAGCACGCCAGGUUAUACAAAUCUGUCAAAUAUCUACAUUUGAUUUUAAACUUUAAUGCUUUGAGAGUUGAGUUGAGUUUAAAAUCAACUAAAGAAAUUUGACCUAAUGCGGUUACCUCACGUGCAGCCGUGUGUUGGUAGCGACAUCUAGUUUAAAACUCGAGAACUACCUUUGUGUUAAUAAUUCCUCAUUACAUCAAUGCUCGCCUUUUACAAUACAAUGCCUCAAUAAAAAUUCUUAAGUUUAUAUUGGAGUCAACCAUUUAAAAGUAAAAAUACGAUCUCUUUCUUUAUCAGGCUUAUGUAAAUGGUUGGUCAUUGAGGGAACACAAGAAAUUAGUCCACGAAGGAUACAAGAGACCCCUCAAAUACCCUUGUACGAUGUGUGAUAAAGUAUUCGAUAGAAACCAGAUAUUGAAGAGUCACAUCCGCACCCAUACCGGUGAGAGACCUUAUCAGUGCACCAAAUGUCCAGCACAGUUCAGCCAAGCCAGUGUAUUAGGCACUCAUGUAAAAUUGAUACACUUAAAACUUGCUAGAAACGGUAGACCGAAAGCGAGCGCUCUAAAAGCAGAAUAGACAAAGAAUAUUAAAAUUCAGUCCACCAUAUAUUUAGCACGGUUCAGCCAAGCUAGUGUAUUAGACACUCAUGUUAAAUUGACGCACUCGA